ACAACUCAGCUUCCUCAGAGAAGCACACACACUCUCUCUCUUUACCAGAAUGGCUCCCACCUACACAAGCGACUCUGCCAACACCAUGCUCUCUGCUGUAGACAAGCAUAAAGUAAGGAAACCAGUUGGGGAGAAGAUGUGUAGAGACCACAUCAACACCUGCAUAGAGCAGCUCGAGACCCUGCUGGAGAGGGAGUUCCACAAACAGGACCCCAACACCAAGCUGGAGAAGGCUGACAUCCUGGAGAUGACGGUCGGGUUCCUGACGCAGAAGCUGCAGCCUCAGAGCCCAGUCCCCCAGAGGGCCCACAGUGAGGGCUACUCCAAGUGCUGGAGGGAGACCCUGCACUUCCUGUCUUCCAGCUCCAUGAAGGUCAUGAUGCUUCAGAACCUCCAGAGAGCUGGCCAGGACGUCUGCCCCUCCUCGCCACUCUCCUCCCAACAUCAACACCACAGCCAGGGCCCAGUGAAGCAGGCCACCAGUGGUCACAAAACAGUGUGGAGACCCUGGUAGAACCACUACUUGGAGACUCUCUAUCUCACAAACUGGAUGGGUGUUUACCACCUUUCUUGCUGUAGGAAAUACAUUUCCAAACGUUAUAUUGAAAUGAUAUUAUUUUCUUGUUAUAUAUGAAAUGAUUUCUACUGAUGUGAUUAUUAUUCUCUUUCAGAGAAGAAGCUGAAAAACAUGUAUCACAUGUAUCACUUGAUAAUGAAGAAUAUGUUUAAUAUUUUAUGUGUAUGUUUACACGUGUAUGCAUUUUGUGCUCACUUGAUGCACCAAUGUGUCCUUUAGUCCUUUCAUUUUCUUUGAAGAGGAUUGUUAAGGUUAUAUAUUUACAUUUAUGGUUGCUUAGCCAACUGAAAUCUUGCGUUAACCAUAUUGUAUGUACUGACCUAUUGAAGGGUAUUUACAAAUGCUUUGAUAUGCCUUUUGUAAAGGCUUUUUGGGACAUUGUGGUUCCACCAUAGGCAAUGUUGUGCUGUGAAAUGUAUUGUUGACACUGUGUGUCUUUUAUUCUCACUUGAUAAAGUGAACAUGCAUUCAAAAAGGAUUCCAAUUAAUGUUUUGGAAAGUAACCAUACUGUGUUUGUGUGUUUCUAAAGGAGCUGUAAUUAACUGGGGGAUAAUGGGACAUAAUGUAUAAAAAUCGAUGUAGAGGGAAGAUGGAAUGUAACAAAUUUAACUGAAGUGGAAAUGAACAAGAAAUGACAGAUAAUGCAAACAGGCAGGGUACUGGUAAAUACUAUAGUUAGAAGAGCAGGUAUCUGUACACAUCAGCAUAUGAGGAUUUAUUAUCGUGUUUAUCAGUGCAAUGUAUCUACUCCUGGGCAGAGAACAGCCUCACUUCUGAUUGGUGAAAAAAUAAAGGAAGAAUCAUAUGUUAAAAAAACCAUAAAUUAUAAUCUUUCACUAAGUUAUCCAUUUAAUGCCCUUAAACCUAAGUUGUAUGGUCGCAAUUACUGUCAUGGAAUUCCCUAUCUAGCCCAUUACAUUGAAGCUCUUGGAGACUUCUGCAUUGCUGUGGGGGACACCUAUUUUCAAAUGUAAGUGUUAAAAAUAGCUGCCUGACAGAAUAUAGUGAUCCACAUCUCGACACCAACCUGGAAAUCUUGCAUAUAGUUUAUCUGGACUUUUACAUGAACAUAUUCAAGACAACUUAUUGGGAUGGCAGGUAGCCUAG